UAUAAGUUCCCAUUGCAUACCAUACCAUCCCAUCCCAUACACCAUUCAUGGCUACCAUGCAAAACCGACGGUUGGGUUCGAGGGUAGCGAUCAUCGGAGCCGGUAUAAGUGGCAUCGCAGCUGCAAAACAGCUGGCGGUCCACAAGCCGGUGGUGUUCGAAGCAUCGGACUCGAUUGGUGGUGUCUGGAAGCACUGUUCUUAUGAAUCAACGAAGCUCCAGACCCCACGUCGGGAUUAUGAGUUCUCUGACUACCCAUGGCCCGACCGUGAUAAUUCCACCUUCCCUACGUAUAUUGAGAUCUUGGAAUACUUGCAUGGUUAUGCGACUCAGUUCGACCUGCUGAAGUAUGUCCAGUUCAAUUCUAAGGUCGUGGAGGUCCGUUUUGUUGGUGAACCGGAGAGCACCGGUUCUGACGGCAGGUGGGGAUUGCAUGGCCGUCCGUUGGCUGGUCAGCCCGUUUGGGAGGUGGCUGUGAAGACUAACGGAUCAGAUACCAUACAGUGGUAUGCAUUUGAGUUUGUGGUGGUAUGUAUCGGAAAGUAUGGCGACGAACCAAGAAUGCCGAAUUUUCCACACAACAAGGGGCCUGAAACGUUCCGCGGCAAGGUCAUGCAUUCGUUGGAUUAUUGUAAGCUUGACAAGAAAGAGAGUACUGAGCUAAUGAAAGGAAAGAAAGUCGUGGUUAUCGGUUAUAAAAAGUCGGCCAUCGAUCUUGCCCUCGAAUGUGCUGAGGCAAAUCAAGGAGAAGGUGGACAGCCUUGCACCAUUGUGGUCAGGACCUUACAUUGGGUAGUGCCCUCCUAUUCCAUAUGGGGGCUGCCCUUUUUCUUAUUCUAUUCAACGAGAUCUUCUCAAUUCCUCCAUCAAAGGCCCAAUCAAAGCUUCCUCAGAGAUCUCUUCUGCCACCUUUCAUCUCCCAUGAGAAGAGCGGUUUCCCGGUUCAUCGAGUCAUACCUGGCGUGGAAACUUCCACUGAAGAAAUAUGGAUUGCUACCAGAUCACCCAUUCGAGGAGGACUACGCAUCCUGCCAAAUGGCAAUCUUGCCAGAAAACUUCUUCCCGGAGGCCGAUAAGGGGCGGAUAUUGUUCAAGAGAGCAUCCAAAUGGUGGUUUUGGGAAGGUGGUAUUGAGUUUGAAGAUAACACAAAGCUGGAAGCUGAUGUGGUGUUUCUUGCAACUGGUUUUGAUGGGAAAAGGAAGCUGAAAUCCAUACUACCUGAGCCCUUUGGUGACUUGAUAGAAAAUUCUUCUGGUGUAAUGCCUUUGUACAGGGGCACGAUCCAUCCGUUGAUCCCACACAUGGCCUUUGUUGGCUACUUGGAGAGUGUAUCGAACCUACAAACGGCUGAGCUACGGUGCAUAUGGCUGGGCCGCUUACUCGACGAACAGUUCAUGCUACCCAAUGUGGAGAAGAUGAUUAGUCAAACAAAUGAAGAAGUGGAGGUGAUGAAGAGGACCACAAGAUUCUACAAGCGGCAAUGCAUUUCUACGUAUAGCAUCAACCACAGCGAUGAGAUUUGUGAAGAGAUGGGAUGGACCUCUUGGAGGAAGGAGAGCUGGUUCUCCGAGGUCUUCAGUGCUUACACUAGCCAAGAUUACAAAGAAGAGAAAUGAUCUUAUAAACAUUUGGGCGACAUCUGAUCCGUUCAUCAAGUGAGCCCUGCCAUAUUCCUUACCUGGUUCGAAACUCUGGCGUGGUGAAUCAUUAAGCGGGCUGCGCAUUAUUAAAAUAAUGGAUAGUUUGAAGAAGAAAUUGCAAAUCACCCACAUUCAAAUGGCUUGAUUUUCGGGACCAAAAUCUACGUGGUGGGCCACACCUGGUGAACGGAUCAGACGUUCCACACGUGUGGUUGAAUUA